AUGUUCAAACCAAGCAGUGUUGUGGGUCUGCGGGUGUGUGUCCACCGAACCCUUAACGAGGCUAAUCCCACGGCAGCACAUUCCAAGCAGCUAAUGGGUGCAAGGGCUUUGCUUGCUCCCACAUCUCUGCUCUGCGGAUGGGCUGAGCGCCUCGUUCGGGGGCACUCGCGGACGUGUUACUCGCCAUGGCCGGCAGCAGGGAAACGUGGACGGCAGAGUUUGCUCCGGGACGGACUUAAACACCGAGCACAGAAAUCAUGGAUAGAAAGAGCAUUUUACAAGAGAGAAUGUGUUCAUAUCAUACCCAGCACCAAAGACCCCCAUAGGUGUUGCUGUGGGCGUCUAAUAGGUCAACAUGUUGGACUGACUCCAAGCAUCUCCGUUAUUCAGAAUGAGAAAAAUGAAAGCAGGCUUACUCGCAAUGACAUCCAGUCGGAGAAGUGGUCCAUCAGCAAGCACACGCAGCUCAGCCCGACAGACGCUUUUGGAACCAUUGAGUUCCAAGGAGGAGGCCACUCCAAUAAAGCCAUGUAUGUACGUGUGUCUUUUGACACAAAGCCUGAUCUUCUUCUGCAUCUGAUGACCAAAGAGUGGCAGCUUGAGCUCCCUAAACUUCUCAUCUCCGUGCACGGGGGCCUUCAGAAUUUUGAACUUCAGCCAAAACUCAAGCAAGUCUUUGGAAAAGGCCUCAUUAAGGCUGCUAUGACAACUGGAGCGUGGAUAUUCACUGGAGGAGUAAACACAGGAGUCAUUCGGCAUGUUGGAGAUGCACUGAAAGAUCAUGCCUCCAAAUCUCGAGGGAAGAUCUGCACCAUUGGUAUAGCUCCCUGGGGGAUUGUGGAGAAUCAAGAAGAUCUGAUUGGCAAAGAUGUGGUCCGACCAUACCAGACGAUGUCCAAUCCCAUGAGUAAGUUGACAGUGCUCAACAGUAUGCAUUCUCAUUUUAUUUUGGCUGACAAUGGCACUACUGGUAAAUAUGGAGCAGAGGUGAAACUUCGUAGACAGCUGGAAAAGCACAUUUCACUUCAGAAGAUAAAUACAA